UUUAAUUAAUGGAUAAACAAGAUUAUUAUCAAGUCUUGGGAGUAGAGAAAAAUGCUACAACAGAGGAGAUUAAGAGUGCUUACAGAAAGUUAGCUUUGGUAGACAUUAUUAUAGUUAUAUAUGUAGAAAUGGCAUCCAGAUAAGAACCCUGAUAAUUAAGAGACAGCCAAAAAAUAGUUUUAAUUGAUUUUACAAGCAUAUACAGGUUAAAUUUUCAAUUUAUAUUAAUAGUUCUUUGUGAUAAUCAGAAAAGAGCAAACUAUGAUAAAUUUGGAACUGCUGAUGGUGAAGACCAAAUGAAUUUUGAUUUUGAUGAUUUUUUUGCACAAGAUUUUGAGUCUAUGAUGAACUUUAUGAUGGGUGAUGCUUUUAUGAAGAUGUUUACUAAUAUUGGUAGACCAGGAAGAGGCAAACAUAAAUUUAAAAUACCAACUUCUUUUGUUUUCAAAUAAGCUUAACCAUAAAAGAAGCCAGAAAAAAAAAAAGAAGAAGAUGAUGAAUGGGAAACUGAAGAAGAAGUUGAUGAAGAUGAUGAUUGGAAAGAUGUAGAUGAUGAUGAUGAAGUUGAUAAGAAUGAUAAUGAUGAUGAAUUAUAAUCAGAUAGUGAUGAUGAUCUUACAUAAACUGAAAAUUUAUUUAUGAUGCCUAUGUUUAUAGAAGAUAGCAUUAAAGAUACUGAUAGUAAUAUAUUCUUUUUAUAUUCUAAGGUAAUAAGUUCAAAUGUAAAUUCGAUGGUUAGAUAUUGAAAGAAUAAACCUUAGUGUAGCAUUUUGAAAAGAACCAUAAAAAAGAAUUUGCUGCAUGGAGUAAAAAAAAGCAUUUUAAAUGAUUAAUUAAUUACAUUAUUUUUA